UCAAUAAUGUCUUCGACAUCACAAAAACACAAGGACUUCGUGGCAGAGCCCAUGGGGGAGAAGUCCGUGAUGGCACUAGCAGGAAUUGGUGAAGUGCUUGGAAGGAGAUUGGAAGAGAAGGGCUUUGACAAGGCAUAUGUUGUUCUAGGACAGUUCCUGGUACUGAGGAAAGACGAGGAGCUGUUUCGGGAAUGGUUGAAGGAUACAUCUGGUGCAAAUGCCAAACAGCAAGGCGACUGUUAUAGCUGCCUGCGAGAGUGGUGUGACUCUUUCCUGUAGUCGUUUUUUUUUUUUUUUUUUUUUUUUUCACUGUUGUAUUUUCAUCAUAUUUUGCCCCCACAUGCCGAAUACAUUUUCCUCGCUUCAUCAAUUUGACCAUUUGGACAUUGUUUGGAUGAUCCAGUGCUAACAUUUAGCCCAGAAUUGUACAUUGUUAUAUCACUAUAAUGUCUUUAGAUUGGGAUAUUUACAAGAUCACAGCUCCUUUUGUGUGUUGUUCAAAGCAUCAUUCACCAUUUCACACGAUGUUUAGUAUGGAGAGGGAUUGUUUUUUGGUUUUUUUAGAGACAAGAUUCAUUUUAAAUUUCUGUAUUUGCUCAUCAACAAAACAAAAUGAAUUUGUCACAUGCAAUUCGGUUGAAAGGCUGUACAUAAUUGCAUACUACAUUUGUGCAAACACACUGAUAAUCAUUUUCAUGGUAGCCUGCCUUCUCUGUUUAUUGUGAUGUUGUUUGAAGGUUUUAACUGACAAUGGCCAAAUUGUAUCACAAUAAUAAGCUUUUAAAGGUUUAAGUUUGUCACUGUUUUCAAAUAUCUAUUACCUUAGAAUAACAUGUAUGAUGGUAUCAUAUUGCCAUGUGGUUUUAUGUCUCCAACCCUCAGUUGUCUUUAAAUAAAUUAAAAUGCCUUAAAAUUAUGGAUUAUUAUUAUUAUUUUUUUUUCCUCAAUGCAUGUGUAGCCUUUUCAAUGGCUCUAUAGUUCACAAUUGCUGCUCUCAGAUGUUUUAAGUUGCUCCAUGGGUAGUCUGUAACAAACACUGACAAAUAUGUUCUCAUGGCUCUAAAAUCUGAGUAAGGAGCAAGUUGUGAACCUCUUUGUGCAUUUUAAUCCUUUUGAAAUAAAGUAUAAAUGUAAUGA